GAGUGUGUGUGAGUGUGGACGCGCGAGAUAACAGUGGAAACAGGGCAGGGUCUGUUUUCACAUGAAAGCAGCCUGGAUGCGUGCGCAGUCAGCCUUCUGUUUCGGUAGAUGACAAGCAGUCGUUGCACCGAUACGAGGCUCAAACAGCGCUGUAACUUGGACGUGCUGCUACCGCGUUGUUCGUGUUUCCUGUGGGCGUUGCUGCGCUGCCACCGGCGGCGUUGCUCAACUUCUGAAAGUAUGUGGAUUUGUUGUGAGAGCUGAGGAGGAAUGCGUGCAUUUUGGUGGAUUUUCUUCUUUUGUUUUUCCUCUUUGGAUCAGUGUCGUGACUUCGGCCAACUUCGGCGUUACCUGGGUGUUCUUUAAGCGUGCAUUCGACAGCAAACAUGCAGCAUGAUGUGUAGUCUCUCCCAGCCUCUAACAGACUGCUUACCUGCGUUGAAUCGGAGCGAGGUUGCACGUCGUGCCUGUGCAGAGGCUCCAUGAGUGACCGCCGUGCGUAACGCUGGCUCUCCAUGGACUACUGCUGGAGUAGCCGCUCAUUAAAACCUACACUUUAAGACACUGAGAGACACUCAAAACAAGAUGAGUCAAGACCAGGACGGGAUAUCCUUACCGGUGCCUUGCUUUGGAGCUUGCCCCGGCAGAGACAGCCUCGGUAUUGACAGCUCCAGUGGAGGUGGAGGUGGCACUCUUGGUAUCCCUGCAGCUGGGACUUUCUGGCAGGACUCGGUGGUCCCUGGAGGAGGUGGGGGGCUGAUUCCAACACCCGUGGCAUGUCCGAUGGACGGUGGAGGGUUGCUCUCCACCGGGAAGUCGGGCAAGAACAGGCCAGUGACGGUGGCCUAUGUGGUGAACGGAGAGGCGAGCCAGCAGAGUAACGCGGAGAGCAUGGCGCUGCAGUGUUUGAAGGACGCAUGUGAAACGGUGGGGAGCAAGCUGGAGACGGUGAACUUUGGGAAGCUGGAUUUUGGGGAGACUGCAGUGCUGGACCACUUCUACAAUGCAGACAUCGCUGUUGUGGAGAUGACAGAUGCUUUCCGCCAGCCAUCGCUCUUUUAUCACCUGGGAGUGAGAGAGAGCUUCAGCAUGGCCAACAACAUCAUCCUGUACUGCGACACCAACUCCGACUCCCUCCAGUCCCUGCAGGAUAUAAUUUGCCAGAAGAACACUACAUGCUCAGCAAACUACACCUUCAUCCCGUACAUGGUGACGCCCCACAACAAGGUGUACUGCUGUGAGAGCAGCCUGAUGAAGGGCCUUACCGAGCUGAUGCAGCCCAGCUUUGAGAUGCUGCUGGGACCAAUCUGCAUGCCGCUGCUCGACCGCUUCGCCCAGCUGCUCAAAGUGUCACAGGCAAACUCCCACCAGUAUUUCCGCGAGACGAUCCUGAAUGAGAUCCGUAAGGCUCGAGAGUUGUACACCGGCAUGGAGCUGGCCACUGAGCUGAGCCGCAUCCAGCAGCGGCUCGACAACGUGGAGUGCCUCUCAGUGGACAUCGUUAUCAACCUGCUGCUCACGUACCGGGACAUCCAGGAUUAUGAAUCCAUCGUGAAGCUGGUGGAGACUCUGGAGAAGCUCCCGACCUUUGACCCCAUGGCUCAUCCUCACGUGAAGUUCCACUACGCAUUUGCACUGAAUCGGAGGAACCUUCCAGGCGACAGACAGAAAGCUCUGGACAUCAUGCUGCCCCUGGUGGAGGGAGAGGAGCAGGUCGCUUCGGACAUCUACUGCCUGGUGGGACGGAUCUACAAGGACACGUUCCUGGAGUCUCACUUCACUGACACAGCGAGCAGAGACAGCGGCACACAGUGGUUUAAAAAGGGGUUUGAGUCAGAGCCAACACUACACUCUGGUAUCAACUAUGCUGUUCUGCUCCUGGCAGCCGGACACCAGUUUGACACAUCGUUUGAGCUUCGCAAAGUGGGAGUGAAGCUGAGCAGCCUGUUGGGGAAGAAAGGCAGUCUGGACAAGCUGCAGAGCUAUUGGGAUGUGGGCUUCUUCCUGGGCGCCAGCAUCCUGGCCUGUGAUAACACCAGGGUCAUCCAGGCCACGGAGAAACUCUUCAAACUCAAGGCCCCCAUCUGGUAUCUUCGCUCGCUUGUGGAGACGAUCUUAAUUUACCAACAAUUUAAAAAACCAGGCACAGAGCAGCCGGCCCCCAAACAGGAGCUGGUGGACUUCUGGAUGGACUUUCUGGUGGAGGCCACAAAGAAAGACGUCUCCUCCGUCCGAUUUCCUGUGUUGAUAUUGGAGCCAACAAAAGUUUACCAGCCUUCAUAUUUGUCCAUCAACAAAGAUGUGGAUGACAACACGGUGUCUAUCUGGCAUGUUGCCCCUGAUGACAAGCAGAAGGGGAUUCAUGAGUGGAACUUCAGCGCCACAUCAGUGCGAGGUGUCAGCAUCUCCAAGUUUGACGAGAGAAGUGCCUUCCUCUACGUGCUUCACAAUGCAGAGGACUUCCAGAUUUAUUUCUGCACAGAGAUGCACUGUAAAAGGUUCUGUGAUCUGGUCAACAGCAUAACAGAGGAGGCCUGGAGAGGUCCGGAGGAGGGAGACUGUGACGCUGACGCAUUAGAGUACGACUAUGAGUACGACGAGCAUGGAGACCGGGUGGUUCUUGGAAAAGGCACAUUUGGAGUCGUUUACGCCGGCCGAGACCUCAGCAACCAGGUCCGACUGGCCAUCAAAGAAAUACCAGAGAGAGACAGCAGGUACUCUCAGCCGCUGCAUGAAGAGAUCGCGCUUCACAAGCACUUAAAGCACAAGAACAUCGUCCAGUACCUCGGAUCCAUCAGUGAGAAUGGGUUCAUUAAGAUCUUCAUGGAGCAGGUGCCUGGGGGGAGUCUCUCUGCCCUGCUGAGGUCCAAAUGGGGUCCACUGAAAAACAACGAGCCCACCAUCGGCUUCUACACACGGCAGAUCCUGGAGGGACUCAAAUAUCUGCACGACAACCAGAUUGCACACCGAGACAUCAAGGGUGAUAACGUUCUCAUCAACACCUACAGCGGCGUCCUGAAGAUUUCAGAUUUCGGCACAUCCAAGAGGUUGGCUGGGAUCAACCCCUGCACUGAGACGUUCACAGGCACACUACAGUACAUGGCUCCUGAAAUCAUAGACAAGGGACCUCGUGGAUACGGAAAGCCAGCAGACAUCUGGUCUCUGGGCUGCACCAUCAUCGAGAUGGCCACUGGCAAACCACCUUUCUAUGAACUGGGAGAACCACAGGCUGCUAUGUUCAAGGUGGGCAUGUUUAAGAUCCACCCAGAGAUCCCAGAGUCCAUGUCUCUGGAGGCCAAAGCUUUCAUCCUGCGCUGCUUUGAGCCAGACCCGGACAAGCGCGCCACAGCCUUCGACCUGCUCACUGACGAGUUCCUCACCGUAACGAGCCGCAAGAAGAAGAGCAAGAGUAGCUUCACAGCUCUGUCACCAGGGACCGAGUAUCUGCGCAGUAUCUCUCUGCCGGUGCCGGUGGUGGUGGAAGACACCAGCAGCAGCAGCGAGUAUGGCUCCGUCUCCCCAGACAAUGAUCUCAACACCAACCCCUUCAUCUUCAAACCCAGCGUCAAGUGCUACAGCGAGAGGGAUGUCAAGGGGCCACGCUCACUCUUUCUCAGCAUCCCGGUGGAGAACUUUGAGGACCACAGCGCCCCUCCAUCUCCGGAUGAGAAGGAUUCAGGUUUCUUCAUGCUUCGAAAGGACAGUGAGAGACGAGCUACCUUACAUCGCAUCCUGACUGAGGACCGGGACAAGGUGGUGAACAACCUGAUGGAGGCAAUAACGCAGGGCUCUGAGGAGAUGAAGCUGAAGUCUCAGCAUAUCUCCACCCUGGUGGUCAGUCUGGGCGACUUUGUUCGCAUGGCAGACCGGAAAAUCAUCGCCAACACUCUGUCUCAGCUCAAGCUGGAGCUGGACUUUGAUAGUACCGCCAUCAGCCAGCUGCAGGUCGUGCUGUUCGGCUUCCAGGAUGCUGUGAACAAAGUGCUGCGAAACCACAACAUCAAGCCUCACUGGAUGUUCGCUCUGGACACCAUCAUCCGAAAAGCAGUGCAGACAGCCAUCACCAUCCUGGUGCCAGAGCUGAGGCCUCACUUCAGUCUGGCCUCAGAAAGUGACCCAGCCGAGCAGGAGGACGUGGACGAUGACAAUGAACCGGUGAGAAACUCCACCCAUCAGAGCCGACAGCCUCCGGUCGCCGCUCACGACGACACCGUGGCCACGUCAGGAGUCAGCACGCUGAGCUCCACCGUCUCACAUGAGUCCCACAAUGCACAGCGAUCUGUGAGCAUGGAGCUAGGCAGGAUGAAGCUGGAGACCAACAGGCUGCUGGAGCAGCUGCUGGAGAGGGAGAGAGAGUAUCAGGCCAUCCUACAGCAAGUCCUGGAUGAGAGAGAGCAGGAGAUCAAACUACUGAGGCUGAGAUCUGAGCCAGCAGAUGUUUCUACAUCGUCGGAUGAUCCUGAAGGACAGAUGAAUCAACCAGCAGAGAGACGUGAAGUCCCAGACCUGACCAGCUGGUUGAGUCUUUACGGUGCUGACCAGGACUCCAUAGACAAAAUACUGAAUGAGGAGUACACACUGAACGACAUCCUCCACGAUGUAACCAGGGACGAUCUGAAGAGUUUAAGACUGAGAGGCGGGAUCCUGUGUAAACUAUGGAAGGCCAUCACAGACUACAGGCAGAAGCCAACCUGAGGCCUUAUGUGGUGACAACCACUCAGAGAAGCUUGGACCCUUGUCCUUACGGCUCAGAGUUCUCCUCUUUACCUCAGUAUUUAUCGGGGCCAGACUUUUAGGAGAAGAACCUGUGUUUGCAGAGUGCACAGAGCAGAUUUCAACCCACAUGAAACAGGAGCUGUUUUCCCCGUCAGAGUAUUUUCAUACUUUUGGAGCAAAGGACUAUGGGAGAAAAUAUUUACUCUGGAAGCAACAAUUUCUGAGAAGUGCCACUAGUUUUGCUACAUUUUGCGGACAUUACAGAGCUUUUUGUUACAGGUGUGUAACUCAGAGUGACCAUUUUUGUGAGAAUUAAUUGAUGAAAUCUUGAAAACAGUCAAAAUUUUUGCUCGUCUUUACAACAUGUACCGUUUACAAAACUGGAGACUGACCGUUUUAUAAUAUAAGCCUGAGAUACAAAAGACUACAUCAAGAUCAUCCAUCUCUGUUUGUUUUUUAAGUUCUAGCUGUCUUAUCACUACUUUAUUUAAAAGUAUUUUUAAUUUAAUGUUAUGGUAGUCUGAAGGAUGUCAGCGCAUGCCCUGUUAUUUUGCAAUCCAUACUGAGACUUAUUUAAAUCAUUUUUUCAUAUUUUCCUUUUUUUAAUCCUUUUUUUAUUUUAUUUUAUUUUAUUAUUUUUGUAAAUAUUGUGUUAUACAGAAUUAUACGUGAAAGACAUUUAUGUACUUAAAGAAUACAAUGUUAUCUAGAAGUAUGUCUCCAUGUGGAUUGGACCGAGUCUAUAAUGAACACAUUUGAAAAAUGAAUUGUAAAGUAUUGUAUUUUCUAGUGUCAAAAAUCAUGAGAUGUUUUCAGUUAGUAAUUGAUAUAACAUCAUCUGUUUUAUUGUUGUACACUGACAAAAUUGUGCUAAUCUUGCUUGUGUAGAUAAAAUUAUUCAAUCAGAUGUACUAUGUUGUGAUGAAAAAACUAAAUUGCAAAAAAAAAAAUUCAUACAGAGGAGGCUUGACCUUUUUUAUUUUAAAACAUGAUGUCAGAAAUGGGGAAGAUAAACCUGAGCAGGGUGUCCAGUUUGUUUCAUAUCUAAAAUUCUACAAGAUUUUUGUGUCAUAUUGUUCAAAUAAAAAUUUUCAUCUUGAACUGUGAAA